UUUGAAAUAGAAUCACUUCAAUAUGAAUGUCAAGCCUUGGAAGCAAGUCAAGGUGAAACCGCAAUACACAAGGCUCUUGUUUUGGCACAAAAAGGUUUACUUUCCAUUGGGUUAAAAACAUUAGAAAGAUUUGAAAAUGGAGGUGUUCCUACAAAAGCUGAUUUAUUGAAAGCUGCUGGUGCUCAUAUUCGCUUACUGAUUGUCAAAGAUGAAUUGAAGAAUCAUGCCAAUUUGACAUUUAUGGAAAACAAUGUAUUGACUUUACCCUCAUUACGAAUCUCCUCAGUACGUGGCAUUCAACCAUCCAUCCAUCGCAAUAAAACAGCUCAUAGUCUACGACUCGCUCAAGAUGGGGUAUCUCAAGCAUUGGAACGAUUAGUGGCCACACAUCGAAAAUGUGCAAGGACAGAAAAAGUAGCGGUAGUGCGAAGGCUAUGUUAUGAAGCAGGAUGUGGCAUGUUUCUACGAAACCAAGUGUCUAUUGGAGAAAAUAUGGUAGUCAAUAACUAUGCAGCACUUGGUGGAUAUUAUCUGGAAAUGGCUAAAGGUAUUGGCUUACGGCGUGAAAUGCAACAUUGUCUAGAACAAAAACUCUGUACGCCUCUUCAAAUGAUGACCAGUGAUUUAGUGUGGCCCAAACCUGUGGUUGAUCUUGGCCAAGAAGAAGAAUCUAAACAAGAACAAGCAAAUCGUCCUUUGCCACUUUCGUCUAGCCGUACUGUCACGCAUCUCAUGAAUCUACGUGAUAUCUAUCGACAAGAACAUGAUCUGGCAGAUGGUGAAUUCCAAAGCUAUUUUAUCGAUAUCCUUCCUCCUCAUUGGACGGUAUGUUCGCUCUUCUUGGAUGGUGAAAAUGAUCUGUAUGUGGCCCGUUAUCGUGCUGGUGAGCCUCCAUUUGUGGUGAAACUGCCCUUUCAUCGUGGUGAUGAACGUCGUCGUCAUUGUCGACGAUCUCCUCCUGGUGCCUCUCGUGGUGCUCCUUCUGGUCUUUCCUAUAAACAAGCAAGGACUGAAUUACAAGAUAUCAUUCAACUUAGUGACGAGACCAUUCAUUCUAGCAAAGCAACGUUGAAUAAGAAGGAUGUGGAAGAUUGGUGGAUGACUCGAUCCUUACUAGAUACUCGACUGAAGAAAUUAUUAGAACAAAUGGAAAUGACAUGGAUAGGCGGAUUCAAAGGACUAUUAUGUGGUCGUCAUCCUAUAUGCGAAACAGCCUUUGUAGAAUUCCAACAAGCGAUGCAACAAAUUGUAUUGACCAACGUGUAUGGAGCCACGACCCAGAACCGACGUGGAUUGGAAUUAGAUGAUCGAACGCUUCACAUGAUUUUACAACUUGGCAGCCAUCCAACCAAUCAAGAAGUGGAGGAUAUUGUGUUUUACUUAUUAGCCUGUUAUGAACAUCAACACAUCCAAGUCGAUUAUUCAGUCACGGAAAGAAUGACUCAACAGAUACGACAUACCAUCAAAGCUUAUCAUGAUAAGGCUUCUGCAUCUGGCAUCAACACUUUACAAUGCUUACCGAACGAACAUCUGAUCUUGAUUCCUGAUCAACAGACACAGAUGUUCCCACUUGAAAGUAUGCCUACGUUACGAUGUCAAGCCGUGUCUCGAUUACCGUGCAUGUCCUUUUUACGCGAUCGUAUUUUGUAUGCUAUCAGUCAACAGGAUCAACUAGAUGGUUGGAAAGAUAUCACUAUUGAUGCUUCAAGGACUUAUUAUCUUCUCAAUCCAAGUGGUGAUCUCAAACAUACCCAAGCCACGUUUGAACCUAUUUUUGAAAGGAUGCAUACCUGGGAAGGACAUACACAAAGGAAACCAAGUGAAAUCGAAUGUCGAAGUAUUUUAAAACAAAAGGAUUUAUACAUGUACUUUGGUCAUAGUGCAGGUCAAUCAUUUCUUCGAGGACAAAUAAUUCGACAAUUACCACGAUGUCCUGUGACACUAUUAAUGGGUUGUAGUAGUGGGGCACUUCAAUCUCAAGGAGAAUAUGAUCCUUAUGGUUAUAUAUUACAUUAUCUUAUGGGAGGUAGUCCAGCUGUGGUGGCGAAUUUAUGGGAUGUUACUGAUAAAAGUAUUGAUCAAGUCAGUAAGAAAAUGAUGGAACGUUGGGGAUUAUUUAAAAAUGCACAUGGACAACAACAACAACAAGAAGAAAAUCAUCCUUCCUUGGUUCAGGCUUUGACCAAUUCUCGUGAAGAAUGUCAACUACCUUAUCUUAUUGGUGCAGCAUCGGUUGUUUAUGGUGUCCCUGUUUAUGUUUUAUAACUAG